UUCAGGAGUUCAGUCUAGCUCUGCUAUCCGUGCCGGAAUCAUCCCUCGCAAGAAACACACACAUCACACAACAUGUCUCUGGAACGUCAAGUCCGUGCCAAGCUCGCUUCCAAGCGCAGUCCUGAACAGGAGAAGGAGGCCCAGCAGUGGAUUGAAGGCGUCUUAGGCGCCAAAUUCCCCCCUGGCGAACUGUUCGAGGAUGUACUUAAAGACGGCACUGUCCUCUGCCAGCUCAUCAACAAGUUGAAGCCCGGCUCCGUCAACAAGAUCAACACCUCCGGUGGACAGUUCAAAAUGAUGGAGAACAUCACAAACUUCCAAUCGGCGAUCAAAGCGUACGGCGUACCUGACAUAGACGUAUUCCAGACAGUGGACUUGUGGGAGAAGAAAGACAUCGCCCAAGUGGUCAGCACACUCUUCGCCCUCGGCCGUGAGACAUACAGACACCCAGAAUGGAAUGGUCCUUACCUCGGCCCCAAGCCCUCUGAAGAGUGCAAGCGUGACUUCUCCGAGGAGGUCCUGAAGGCUGGCCAGACGGUGAUCGGUCUCCAGGCCGGAUCCAACAAGGGCGCGACCCAAGCCGGACAGAACCUCGGUGCCGGCCGCAAGAUCUUGCUCGGCAAGUGAGCACAUCGCAAAUACAUCGCGAAAAGUGAUAUUAUUUAUAAGAUUUUUUGUACAAAACUGAGUGUUAUGGACGCUAUUGUAAGGAUGAGAUUCUUCGUGAAGAUUUUCUAGUCAUGCGUGAUGUAGGAUUACCUACAAUGGAUAAAAUUGGACCUUAAAACCCUUUACUUAAUGUACAUUGUACAUUGUUCCAUGUAGCGCCAAGUUGGUUUUGUGUAUAGUUAAUAAGUCUUAUUUAUUUACAUCCAUUUGAUUAUAAG